CGUAUGCCCCGAUGGUCUGUCGACUGUCGUCUGCUGUGGCAUUCGGGUGGUUGGUCUGUGCGUUGGCCGGCAUUCGUUAUUCCGAGAUCGAGCUUGAAGUCUCCAACUCAAUUGGGCAGGCACGAGCAUCCGUCUGCGCUCACCAAUACUCCUUUCACCCAUGGGCUAGGUCAAGGCGCAGAGGCGUUGGCUGCGCGUGGACUGAACCAUGAAAGGUGCUAUAACCAGCCAGUACCCAAGGGACGCGUCCGAGACGAACCAUGUCGAAUACAUACUGGUCGCGAGCUUCGAUAUCGAUCGAGGAAGUGUUAUGCAGCACCAAUACCCAGCCGCAGUCGGAGGCGAUGAGCACAUGCUGGCGGAGCUCAUGCUACCGGAUCAAACGCACAUGCGUAGUCAAGAUUGGACAAUCUUCUUCCUUCACAAGGACGCGGCAUUAGAGGAAGACAACGAGCAUAAAGAGCAGAACGGCGAUGAGAGAGCUGGGGCUGAACAGCCAGACGAACCGAAUGGCGAGACCAAGGAGGCCGCAGCGCAGGCCGCGGACGCCUUCGAUGGUCCUCCGCUCAUCUACGUGCUGAAUCUGGUCAAUACUAAGCAAGACCAGACAGUCAAGCGCGGUGCCGUUGUCAAAGCCAUGGCAAUCUGCACGCGACACUCCUUCCUGCACAUAUACAAGCCUCUUCUGUUACUUGCGCUCGAGCAGUACUUUGCGAAUCCGGCGAUAGAAACGCUGGCCAAUCUGUACAAUGCCGUAAACAGUAUGGAUCUCUCGCUUAUGCCACGCCUGUCGCACUAUGAAAGGUUUAUCCUACAAAGCAGUGACGCCAAAGACAUGUUCAUCGAGAAAUUCGAGGCUCUCAUCGCACAGCGUGUGGAGAGCAACAACGAGCAGGACCCUGCCCUACCCUCGCCGAACACACAGCAUCCCUUGAGGAGCCGUUACGGUUUGCCACGCGACACUCAUGAGUUCGAAAGUGUGGUCAAGUACGCCAACAUCCCGGUUCCUAUCAAGGUUCCUACCGCUCUAUCACCGGAGACGGUCGGCGACUUCAGUCUCAUAAAGCUCGUCACCACCUUUUCCACACCUCAUACCACAUCACCGUCUCCAUUUAGCCCGACACACCCCCAUCUUACCACCGCUGGUACUCUCACACAUCCCAUCAUCGUUCUACUCAAUGCCUUGCUUACACAGAAGCGCAUCAUCUUCCUCGGCCACAACCUGCCUUCCUCUGAAGUCGCGGAAGCCGUGCUUGCCGCCUGCUCGCUUGUGUCUGGCGGCAUUCUACGCGGCUUCACCCGUCACGCGUUCCCCUACACCGAUCUGACGAAGAUUGACGACCUUUUGAAGGUUCCAGGCUUCAUAGCAGGGGUGACUAAUCCCGCCUUUGGCCACAAGACGGAAUGGUGGGACUUGUUGUGCGAUCUCAGCACUGGCCGCAUGCGCAUUAGCAACCGCGUCCAACAGGCCAGUCCGACGGAAGGUGUGCUCUUCUUUCAGCAGCCCAGCCACAUGCCCACAUCUCAGGCUGGCCCCACUAGUGGCAUUAGCGCAAUCGCGGCCGCGGACGCUACGGGUGACGGCGCCUUCAUGGGAUCUGUUCUGAAAGCAAUUGAGGAGCGCCACGGCGAGAAUGCCAUACGAUCAAGGUUCAGGAGGUGGGUGCUCAAGUUCACAAGGCUGGCUGCAGCAUUCGAGGAGCUGGUGUAUGGCGCUUCCGUGUUGCACAUCGCGCCGAGCCCGCAGAAGUCGGAGGCCGAUGGGGCGCGGGAAGUGCUCGGUCACGGCUACGUCUGGCCUUCCAACCAAGCCAAGACCAAUGAGCUCGCAGCAAAUGCUACCCGGAUCGAAGGCUGGCGAAACACUCGAAGCUACUACAACUUCAUACAGGAUAUUGCUGCCUUUUACGCAUAUCAGCCCGUCAAGGCCAUCGAUCUGCAGCACCAGCAUGACAGACUUGCCAACCUGCGUCUUGGCCCAGCGCUAGCCGCAGACAUCUACCUUGCCAUAUGCGCGGCUGUGCAGAGUGGAGAUGAAAUCAAUCAGCUGCUCGCAGUAGUCAUCAAUACAAGCUCCGACCAUCGACGAGGCGGCACAGGAUUUGCAGGGCAAGGGCAGGGGUUGUUCUUCCUGGCCUACGGACUGUUCCACCCCAAUGUCGACGUCAGAAUGCAAGUCGCAGAGCUGUUGGCACGCAUACGGGAGCAUGAGGCCGGUCGACACUUCUGGGACGAUAUGGGCAUGUUCAUGAAGCUGGCUUGCGAGAAAGUACUGUCAGCGGCUCAGGCGAAGAAGUUUGAUGACGAGGAGGACGAGGAAAAGUGA